AUGUCUUCUAAGGCAUUUCUAUCCAGGCCCAAACAUGCUUCGAACCGUCAACACCGACGCUCAAAUACCCCUACACAUCCCCUAACACAGCUCUGCAUACAAACCGCCGAGGAGAUAGUCUCUCCUGCCGCAGUUGCACUGCACCGCAAACCCGGGCCACGCCCAUCGAUCAAUCAGCUGCGUUGCUACGGCAAUGAGUCGGUGCGACGUGUCGAAAAUAAAUAUAUCAAUCAAACUUUGUCCUGUUGCCGUGGCGACAAAAGGCCCCGCCCAUUCGGCGAUUUCGUUUUGCCGCGUUAUUCAACCAUUUUCUUUCUUUCUAUCUAUCUAUCUAUCUAUCUAUCUAUCUAUCUAUCUAUCUAUCUCACUUUAUUUAUAUGUAUCUAUCUCUCUCUCUCUAUGUUUCUAUCUAUCUAUCUACCUCACUUUAUUUAUAUGUAUCUAUCUCUCUACUUUCUCUCUCUCUCUCUCACUCACUAUCUAUCUAUCUAUCUAUCUAUCUAUCUAUCUAUCUCACGUUAUUUAUAUGUAUCUAUCUCUCUACUCUCUCUCUCUCUCUCUAUCUCUAUCUAUCUAUCUACGCAAUUGCAUUCAUUAUCUAUCUAUCUAUCUAUCUAUCUAUCUAUUUAUCUAUUUAUUUUAGUAAGUCGAAUUAUUUUUGACUUUCCUUCCUUCCUUCCUUCCUUCCUUCCUUCCUUUCUUCUUUCUUUCUGUCUUUCUUUCUUUUUCUUACCCUCUCAUUCCACAUCAUUUUCCAUUAUUUAUUCCUUCUUUCUUUCUUUCUUUCUUUCUUUCCUUCUUUCUCUAUUCUUUUUACCUUCUUUCAUAAAUUUUCGUCUUUUUUACUUUGUUUUUUUACUCCUUUACUAUCUUGUUCUUUCUUUUUUUUUUUCUUUCUUUCUUUCUUUCUUUCUUUCUUUCUUUCUUUCUUUCUUGUCACUUGUCCUUCCUUACCGUUUUCCCACAUUCAUUCCUUCAUCUAUUCUUUCUUCUUCCGUCCUUUACUGUCUUGUUCUUUCUUUCUUUCUUUCUUUCUUUCUUUCUUUCUUUCUUUCUUUCUUUCUUUCUUAUCACCUUUUUUAUUGUAUUUUUACUUUCAUUAAUUUUCUUCCUUCUUUCUUUGUUUUCUUUACUCCUUUACUGUCGUGUUCUUUCUUUCUUUCUCUCUUUCUUUCUUUCUUUCUUUCUUUCUUUCUUUCUUUCUUUCUUUCUUUCUUUCUACCAUCUUUCUUUCUUUCUUUCUUUCUUUCUUAUUCUCUCCCAGUCCAUCUUUCUUUCUUUCUUUCUUUCUUUCUUUCUUUCUUUCUUUCUUUCUUUCUUUCUUUCUUUCUUUCUUUCUUAUUCUCUCUUCCAUCUUUCUUUCUUUCUUUCUUUCUUUCUUUCUUUCUUUCUUUCUUUCUUCUUAUUCUCCCAGUCCAUCUUUUUCUUUCUUUCUUUCUUUCUUUCUUUCUUUCUUUUCUUUCUUUCUUUCUUAUUCUCUCCCAGUCCAUCUUUUCUUUCUUUCUUUCUUUCUUUCUUUCUUUCUUUCUUUCUUUCUUUCUUUCUUUCUUUCUUUCUUUCUUAUUCUCUCCCAGUCCAUCUUUCUUUCUUUCUUUCUUUCUUUCUUUCUUUCUUUCUUUCUUUCUUUCUUUCUUAUUCUCUCUCAGUCCAUCUUUCUUUCUUUCUUUCUUUCUUUCUUUCUUUUUUUUUUCUGUCUUUUCUUUCUUUCUUUCUUUCUUUCUUUCUUUCUUUCUUUCUUUCUUUUUCUGUCCUGAUCAAUCUUUUCUUUCUUUCUUUCUUUCUUUCUUUCUUUCUUUCUUUCUUUCUUUUUUAUUCCUCUUCUUUUCCUCUUUAUUCCUACCUUUUCUUUCGCUUUUACUUUCUCAACUAUUCUCUAUUUUUAGUUGCUUUUCCUCUUUUCUUUUUCUCUUUCUUUCUCUCGUCUUCCAUUUUUAUAAUUCUUUCUUUCUUUCUUUCUUCGUGCAAAGCAACACCAUAGCAACGAAACCGGUAUAUCAGUACGAUUUCUUCUUCUUCUUCUUCUUCUUCUUCUUCUUCUUCUUCUUCUUCUUCUUCUUCUUCUAUCUCUAUCGUCAUAUAUAUAUCAGUACGACUUCUUCUUCUUCUUCUUCUUCUUCUUCUUCUUCUUCUUCUAUCGUCAUAUAUAUAUCAGUACGACUUCUUCUUCUUCUUCUUCUAACUCUAUCACUUUUUCGCAUUUUUCUUCUUCAAAUUCUUCGUUUUUUUUUUCUUAAUUAUCUUCCUGUUCAUUUACUGCCUUUCUUCUUCUUUUUCCUUUUUCGCUGUCAGUGUUUUCUCUUUCUUCCUUUUCUCUCGCUUUCUUUCUUUCUUUCUUUCUUUCUCUUGCCGUUGUCAGUGUUGUGUCUUUCUUCUUUUUCUUUCUGUCUUUCUUUCUUUCUUUCUUUCUUUCUUUUGUCGUUGUCAGUGUUGUGUCUUUCUUCCUUUUCUCUUGCUUUCUUUCUUUCUUUCUUUCUUUCUUUUGUUGUUGUCAGUGUUGUCUUUCUUCCUUUUCUCUUUCUUUCUUUCUUUCUUUCUUUCUUUCUUUCUUUCUUUCUUUCUUUUGUCGUUGUCAGUAUUGUGUCUUUCUUCCUUUUCUCUCGCUUUCUUUCUUUCUUUCUUCCUUUUUUCUUUCUUUUGUCGUUGUCAGUGUUGUGUCUUUCUCCCUUUUCUCUCGCUUUCUUUCAUUCUUUCUUUCUUUCUUUCUUUCUUUCUUUCUUUCUUUCUUUCUUUCUUUCUUUUGUCUUAGUUCUUUUUCCUUCUUUUCCUUCUCCAAUUUCGAUUUCUUUUUCAUUUUUCUUCUUUUUUUUUCAUUUUCUUCCCCUUUUUUUUUUAUUUUCUUCUCGCUGCUUCCUCUCUCUUUACUUUUUCAUUCGCUAUUUAUUUCUUCAGUUUCUUCCUUGUUUUUCCUUUUCCAUUUUCUGUAUCUUCUUAUUUCUUCUUCCUUUUCCUCCUCUUCUUUUUCUUCAUUCUUCUUCUUCUUCUUCUUCUUCUUCUUCUUCUUCUUCUUCUUCUUCCCUUAUAUUAUCUUCCUCUUCUUCUCCCUCCCUUAGUUCUUCUUCUUCUUCUUCUUCUUCUUCUAGGACUAUUCUUCUUCUUCUCCCUCCCUCCCUUAUAUUAUCUUCCUCUUUUUCUCCCUCCCUUAGUUCUUCUUCUUCUCCCUCCCUCCCUUAUAUUAUCUUUCUUCUUUUUCUUUAUUUGUCUUUAACUGAUGUUAUUUCUUCGUCUCCUUCUCCUACUAUUCUUCUCCCCGUCCUUAUUUUGUUUUCGGGGGCCUCUUCUUCUUCUUCUUCUUCUUCUUCUUCUUCUUCUUCUUCUCCUCCUCCUCCUCCUCCCUCCUUUAUAUUAUCUUCCUCUUCUUCUCCCUCCCUUAGUUCUUCUUCUUCUUCUAGGACUAGUUUCUUAUUUUUCUUUAUUUGUCUUUAA